ACGUUUCCAUUCUUGUAAUGGGCUUACUGUGAAAUCUCUGAGUAUGAGUAACAGUCCUGGAGCUCAUAUAUCAGUAAAUGGCUGCGAUGGUGCAUUAUUCUCUCAUAUCAAUAUCAAUUCUCCUCCGAAAAGCCCCAACACUGAUGGCUUUGACAUUGCAGUUUCAAAACAUGUAGUAAUUGAAGAUUCCAUUCUAGCAACAGGUGAUGAUUGUAUUGCCAUCAAUGGUGGUUCUUCUUACAUCAAUGCAACUAGACUCUUUUGUAAAGGAGGCCACGGGAUAAGCAUUGGAAGCCUUGGUAGAAAUAAAUCCCAUGAGACAGUUGAAGAGGUACAUGUACAAAAUUGCAGCUUCAUUGACACCACAAAUGGAGCAAGAAUCAAGACAUGGCCAGGUGGAUCAGGCUAUGCAAGAAAAAUCACGUAUGAGAAUAUCAUACUCCAAGAUGUUAAGAAUUCAAUUAUUAUAGACCAAUACUACGGCAUUAAAACUCUAAGUGAAGUGGAAGAAGAUGCAGUGAGGGUGAGUGAAGUGAUUUAUAGAGGGUUCAUUGGAACUUCUGCAAGUGAGAAAGCAAUUAACUUGAACUGUAGCCCAUCUGGUUGUUCCAACAUUACAUUGGAGCAUAUUUACAUUGCCUCUUCAAAAUCUAUCAAACAUGUCUAUGCUUUUUGCAAGAAUAUUGUUAAUGGGACAAUUGGAUCCACCGUUCCAAAAGUAUCUUGUAAAUAAUUCAAAUUCCCAUGCUAAUGUUGGUAGUGGUGGAUUUAAUGUAAGGGAAAUUAAGCUUUGUUAGAUUUCCCAAUA